AUGGCCCACGGCGAGGAACGGGGGCGCGGGCCCGCGGGCUGGGGGCUGCGCGGCGCCCUGGCGACCGUGGCGCUGCUUUCGGCGCUCAACGCGGUGGGCACGGUGUUUGCGCUGUGCCAGUGGCGAGGCCUGAGCGUGGCGCUACGGGCGCUGGAGGCACAACGGGGUCGAGAACAGCGCGAGGACGCCGCCCUCCGCGCCUUUCUCAUCGAGCUGAGCCGUGCGCCCCGCCGGCCGCCCGCGCCGCCCGCCGACCCGGCCAGCGCCGCGCGCAACAAGCGCAGCCACGGCGGGGAGCCCGUGACGCACCUCCGCGCGGAGAGCCAGGACAUGCUCAUGAUGAUGACCUACUCCAUGGUGCCGGUGCGAGUGAUGGUGGACCUAUGCAACAGCACCAAAGGCAUCUGCCUCACAGGACCUCCUGGCCCCCCAGGCCCUCCAGGAGUAAGUGGCUUACCAGGACACAAUGGAUCUGAUGGACAGCCUGGUCCCCAGGGCCCAAAAGGAGAAAAAGGAGCCAAUGGAAAAAGAGGGAAAAUGGGGCCACCUGGAGCCACAGGAAAUCCCGGGGAAAAGGGAGAGAAGGGAGACCUCGGUGAACUGGGCUCCACUGGGAACGAGGGCCCGCCCGGGCAGAAGGGGGAGAAGGGAGACAAAGGAGACGUGUCCAAUGAUGUGCUUCUGUCAGGUGCCAAAGGUGACCCAGGCCCAGCAGGUCCCCCUGGUCCCCCUGGCCCUCCUGGCCCUCCUGGCCCACCGGGGCCUCCAGGGAACAGGAGAGCCAAAGGCCCGCGGCAGCCACACCUGUUCACUGGCCAAUGUGAAGGUGAGACAUGUGCCGUGCCCAACGACGACACCUUGGUUGGCAAAGUUGAUGAGAAAGUCAGUGAACGUCACUCCCCACAAGCAGAAUCCAUGAUCACGUCCAUCGGAAACCCAACCCAAGUCUUCAAGGUGAAGGAGACGUUUGGGACCUGGAUCAGAGAGUCUGCUAACAAGAGUGAUAGCCGCAUCUGGGUGACUGAACACUUUUCAGGCAUCAUGGUGAAGGAGUUCAAAGACCAGCCCUCACUGCUCAACGGCAGCUGCACGUUCAUCCACCUGCCGUAUUACUUCCACGGCUGUGGCCACGCCAUCUACAACAACUCCCUUUACUACCACAAGGGAGGCUCCAAUACCAUCGUGAGAUUUGAUUUUGGCAAAGAAACAUCUGAAAUGCUGAAGCUUGAAAACGCCCUCUAUUUUGACCGAAAAUACCUUUUCACCAAUUCCAAGACGUACUUCAACCUGGCCGUGGACGAAAGGGGCCUGUGGAUCAUCUAUGCAUCAAGCAUGGAUGGCUCCAGCAUCAUCGUGGCACAGCUGGACGAAAGGACUUUCUCCGUGGUGCAGCACAUCAACACCACAUACCCCAAGUCCAAGGCCGGCAAUGCCUUCAUCGCCCGCGGGGUCCUCUACGUCACGGACACCAGAGACACGAGGGUCACGUUUGCCUUUGAUCUGCUCGGAGGGAACCAGAUCAAUGCCAACUUCGAGUUCAGGACUUCCCAGUCUGUCCUUGCCAUGCUGGCCUACAACAUGAGAGACCAGCACCUGUACUCCUGGGAAGACGGCCAUUUGAUGCUUUACCCCGUGCACUUCCCGCCAGCCCCCUGA